AUGUCCAGCCAUGACGCACAGGACGACGCGGAUCUCAUUUCGCACGCCGGGGAGAUCUUUUCGCCCGUUAUACUCCCUGUGAGCGGGCGUACGGUGCCGAACAGGCUCGUCAAGGCCCCGCUUUACGAGCACUUCUGCUCUCUCUGGGAUGGCAACCCAAAUGACGCCCUCUGCGCCCUCUACGCCAAAUGGGGCGCCGGCCACUGGGGCGUCAUCAUCACGGGCAACGUCCAAGUCGACCGCAAGCACCUCUCCUUCGGACGCGACAUGACCAUCCCAGAGGUCCUCUCCCCAGCGACGCUCGCCCCCUGGGUCCGCCUCGCCGACGCCAUCCACACCGGCCGCGCCUCGCCGCUCGACACGCCCCACCCAGAAGCCGCCGCGCACGCCGACCUCGGCACCCCGCUCGCGCUCAUCCAGCUCUCGCAUGGCGGUCGGCAGUCGUUGAAUGUCCUGGGCGGCCGCCCCGCGUUCGAGCCGCCGCUCGCGCCCAGCCCCAUCCGUUCGGGCGCGUCGCACGCGGGUAAAGACGGGCAGCUCUCGCUGGCUAUUCAUAAACUGAUGCACCAGGAGCCGCGCGAGAUGACGCACGCGGAUAUCAAACAAGCCGUUGCCUCCUUCGUUCGCGGCGCCGAGCUUGCUGCGCUGAGCGGGUUCGACGGUGUCCAAGUUCAUGCUGCGCACGGAUAUCUCGUAUGCCAGUUCAUCUCACCCAAGAGCAAUAUUCGUACGGAUGACUACUCGGCAACCACGGACCCGCUCCAUUUUUUGCGCGACGUUGUCUACGGCAUCCGCGAAUCCGAAGUAAUCCCGGCCAACUUCGUGAUCGCAGUAAAGCUCAACUCCGCAGACUACACUGCAGACUCCACCGAACCACAGGAGGAUCGCGCGCUCAACCACGUGCGCGAGAUCGGGAAUUGGGGCCUCGUAGACUUCAUCGAAGUCUCCGGCGGCGACUACGAAGACCCACAGUUCAUCGACAGCGUGCAGAAGUUCAAGAACCCACGUCAAGUCAUGUUCGAGGCUUUCGCCUCGCGCAGCAUGGACAUCCUCGCACACUGCACACCCUCCGCCACAGCGCGCGGCGCCCCGCCGCUCGUCUGCCUCACCGGCGGACUGAACACCCUCCCCAAGAUGUCCUCCGUGCUCGGCCACGCGCACGCGCACCUGCUCGGCAUCGGCCGCCCCGCCGCCACGCACCCCCUGCUCCCCAUCCAGCUGCACGCCGCCGUCUCCUCCCACUCUACCGACUUCUUCAUGACCGAGCCGCUCCCCCUGCGCGCCGACGGCCUGGGAGAACCUCCGCGCUCGCUGCUCUCCUGGCGCGCGCUCGAGCGCGUGACGUUCUACGUGCUCUCGCUGCUGUGGUCUCUGCAGCCGGCGCGCGUGCCGCGGCUUGUGGGCGCGGGCGGGGACGUGAACUGGCACAAUAUCGUGAUGCGCCGCAUCGCGGCGGGGGAGAAGGAGCCCACGGACUACACGCUGGGCAAGAUAGGUGCGACCGUGCGCUUCUACCUCACGCCAUAUCCGCCGAGUGAGGGCGGCGCGGGCGCGCGGUGGUGGGUGCUCGCGGGCGUGGUCGGGGUCGCUAUUGGUGUCGGACUGGGACAGGUGCUUUGAUGUCUGGGGCUACUAGAGUCUAGGGUAUUGACAAGGUAAUUAAUAUGUGAAGUGGUUGGGCUACCUGCACCCUAAUGUAGCAUUCAGACCACCGCACGGCCGGUAAUGCAAAUGCUACGUAUUAUACCCC